UUCACUGUAAUUUGAUCAAUCUCCACACACUCACUCUCUCUGUAGAAGAAAUGGAGGAGAAAAUAAGCUGCGACGGCGGUCACGAAUUCAAGCUGCUGCUCUCAUGUCCUUCUGGUUUAUCUCCUUCACAGGUGUCGGUUGUUUUCGAUGAAGCAUACGACAGGAUUCCCCAUUCCGAUUCUUCUUUGGAGCACUCCAUUUCCGAGAUAUGGGAUGCAAGAGUUCAACAAAGUUCAUCCCUUUACAAUGGAACGAAGUUUAGGUAUGGAGGAUACAAUUUUGAUGUAGGAAAUGAUCCCAAGCAACAGCCUCAUGUUUCCCUUCAGCUUGGUCUGACAGAUUAUAGGACAUUUGUGGGGACAAAUUUAAGUCCUAUUUGGGAAAGAUAUCUUGUUCCUUCUGAAGAUGAUUGCAUACAGUGUCAGCACACAUCAAGUCCUCUGGGUAAUGGUGCAGUUGUGGAGACUUCUGAUAAGAAAAUACUUGUGCUUCAGAGAAGUAAUAAAGUUGGAGAAUUCCCCGGAUAUUUUGUUUUUCCUGGAGGCCAUCCAGAGCCCCAAGAAGUUGGAAUAAUCUCCCAUGAAGGCUUCCAAGAGCUGAAUCAAUGUCGCACAAUUAACAACAAAGUUUCUCAGGAAAUGUUUGACAGCAUUGUCCGUGAAGUUGUUGAAGAAAUUGGAGCUCCUGCAGAUAGCCUUUCCAGCCCCAUCUUUAUUGGUAUAUCCCGAAGAGUAAUGAAUGUUAGGCCAACUGCUUUUUUCUUCAUCAAAUGCAAUCUUCAGUCUGAUGAAAUUCAACAAUUGUAUUCUAGCGCACAGGAUGGCUUCGAGUCAACUCAGCUUUAUGCUGUUUCAAUGCUUAGCCUAGCAGGAGUCCCAUGUGGAGGGAAAAGGACCAUCUAUAGCAUGAGGUUUUGGUCUAAUACACAAUGCUAACAAUGUAGUGCAACUGAAACUGUUGUAACAAGGAAAGAAAGUGUUACUGGAGUUAGUUAAAAUUGGAGCCAAUUGAAGCUUUUCGCUUAAUUAUGGAUUCUGAAUUUAAUAUUUAUUUUUGGAUUAUCUGUUCUCUUUGAGAUUCCUUCUGGAAAUUUUUAGCAUCAGUGUCAUCUUUGCAACCAUACAGAGCUCUAGUAGUUCAUAGUAUCAUUCUGAAAAUGUCUGAUUCAUCCCAAUUUUAUUGGGAUUUUCUGUUUUUAAUCUUGAGAAUUACACUAAUGCUACAAGGAAGUUUAUUUCUGAGUUGGUGUACUGAAUCUUUGGAAUCAGGAAAAAGUCUGGUCUAUAAAUCAUAUUAUGCCUUCUCUAGAA